AUGUCAAAAAAAAAUCGGUUUUUCGGCAAUUACAUAGCGAUAAGUUCAGACUGUCAACAAAUUGUUACUUUUAAUCCAGUGACACACGAAUUUAAGUUAUAUGAUAUUGAUAAUUUAAGUUCGAGCAAACGCACUUUUACACUUAAAUGUGGGGUUAAUGGUAAACACCUUUGCUGGUCUAUAGCAAUAUCUAAUUGUAUAGACAGUAGUGUAAAUGAACGUUUUAUAGCACUAUCUUGUUUUGAAGCAAGCGAAUUCGGUCAUUAUGAAAUAUAUGAUGAGGACGAAAAUGACUUAGAUAAAAGCCAAUAUGACAUAGAAUCUAGCGAUAAAGUUAAAAGAAACCAAUAUGACUUAGAAUUUGACGACAAAGUUAAUUACCAAUAUGAUGAUGACGAUAUAGACUUAGAAUCAGGCGAUAAAUACCUUCGUCCUCCUCAAACAUGGGUUAUCUCUACUGCAGAUGGGAGUGAAAUAUAUACUUCUUUAGAAUAUGGUGUUAUAAGAUUUCUUGAAUCAAUUGUUAUAGUUAAUGUGUGGAGGAUUUUUAAAGAAAUUAUAAAGAAUAAAAAGAAAACAAAGGCUAAAAAAUUUAAAUUUUCCCAACAAGUUUCAUUUCGACUUUUACGAAAUCAUUGGCAAAAUUCAUUAGAGCUCUUACGCACAAGUAUCAUCAAAAAUCAUUUUAUGAUACAUUCUUUUAAAGAUCGACAACAAUUCAUUGAAAUGUAUAGUUUAAUUACUGGCAAUCUAGAGAUGUUAUUUAAGCGUCAUGAAUCUUUGGAAGCCCCCGAUAUAAUUCAUGGUUCUCCCAUCUUUUCCAUCUCUCAAAAUGAAAAGAUUUUAGCAUUUUGUCGGGGAACUGCUAGCAUUACAUUAUACUUUAUGGAAAAUGGAUUGGAAAUCGUUACAAAACAAUUAGAAAGUCAAAGAGGAAUUUAUAAAAUUGUUGCUAUAAAUUUUAUUGAUGAUGAUAGUAAACUUUUAAUAGUUCUUGAAGAAAAAGAAGAUCGAAGUCGUAAAAUUUCUAAGAAUCAAAUAUUUGUAAUAUGGGAUUUAUUUACUACAUUUAAAAAUUCAAUACGUCAAAUUGAUUAUUCUGAAAACAAUAAACCUCUAAAAAUGGAUGUCACGCAUAGAUUAAUGAAUACACAUGGAAAUAUGUUUGCAGUUAGAGAUAAUGGAGAGAUUUUUUCAGUUUUAAAUCAUCCAGAUGUGGCUUUAAUUAGAAAUCCUUCAGUGAAGGCAAUGACUAAAAUUAAUAUUAUUACGAAGGAUCACAUAUAUCAUGCAAUUUAUAAUAUCGAUGGGGAAAGAUUUGACGCAUCAAAAUUAGAAAAGCAUCAAAUAAUUAUAAAAAAUGUUGAACCAUGGCACCCUGGAAAAAAUUAUUCUCGAAUAUCAGUUUACUUGGAUUCUACUGAAAGUACUCAAUUAAUUAUUUCAAGUAACACUAUACAAGUAUGGAAAUAUCGUAAUAAUAAUACUAUAGAAAAACGAGAUAAACGUCGUGAUCGAGUAUUAGAAUAUAUCUGGGCUCAAAAUAAAGCGAUGCAUGUUCAAGAACUAAGAAUUGGAAAACGAGAAUUUAUGUUAAAGAUCUUAGUACCUUCAACUAAACGUCUCACACCAGAAACAAUGACAAUACAUUGGCCAAAUAAUGUAAAUGUUCUUGAAGGGGCAUGUCGAGCCCUUUAUCUAUUAGGAGAGAAGAAACACAUUGUAGCAGGUUAUGAAAAUGUUAAUAAAAUUAAAUAUUUGGUUGAAUGUACACAAAGAUUAGUACGAAAAUAUAUUACAAAAUAUGGAAUAUUUAGAUUAACAAGUAUUAGAUAUCCAAUUAUGGAAUGUCUUAUCAAAAGUUUUCAAGAAAGUCUAAUAAGACAUAUUUUAUUUAAGAAAAUUAAUAAAAAAAAUAGUAAUAUAUACAUACCAAGAUUAUAUAAAUGGCCAGAUGAAGAUAAUACUAGAUCAACAAAUGAAAUAUCAAAGUCAGAUUUACAUCAUGCUAUUUUAUGUACUCUAAGAAGAGAAAAUUCUCCAGUAAUUUUAAAAUAUUUAAUAGAUUAUUAUGCUAAUAAUGCUAAAGAAUAUAAUAAUUAUGGGGAAUUUGUUCAAUAUUUAUUCAAAAAACCAUGUUUUGGAAUCACUGAAGCUUAUACUCCACCAUUGCAUAUCAAUCCCUAUGAUCAAAAGAAAGGAAAUAACACAACUGUGAUACAUUCUUUGGUAACAAGACCACGUCUUGCAUCAAAGUUUCAUAAAACACUAUGGUUUUUCUUAGAAAACCUAUUUAAAAGGUUUCAAACCUCACGUCGUGAUCGUAAAGUUUAUAUAGUCCCAUUACGUGAUUUUACAUUAUACCCAGUAUACCCUAAAUAUUUUAAAAACCAUAGUCAAAAAUUUUCAAAAUAUUUUCGGCUUCUACUUACUCUUUGUCGAAUAUCUUUGUGGCCACGCAGAAAAGUUAUUAAUAAUACUAAAGAAAUGAGUCCUUUCCUUCGUGUUAUUCAUGAAGAGAAUGAGAAAGGUCAUGAAAUCUAUCAAACACCUACAAUUAUGGCAGUCUUAGAUUUUAAAUGGCCAGCUGCCCGUCAAUAUUUUAUUCGUCACAUCAUUUUGUAUUUACUAUAUGUUAUUUCGUUUGUUAUAACACUUGGUUCAUAUUCAUCAAAAAUAACUUAUUUAUUUAAAAUGGAAUCAGAUAUAAUAUUAAAAAUUAGCCUUUUUGUAUAUUUUUAUACUGGAUGGUAUUUAAUUGUUACAGAAAUUGUGCAAUUAAAAAGAGAAGGAUUGAGCAGAUAUGUGAAUAUUUAUAAUAUGUUUGACCUAGGAUCAUUGUUAUUACCGUUAGCAAAUAUAGCAAGUAUUUUAUAUGAUUAUCAUGUAUCCAUAUUACAAAAUUCAGUAUAUAAUUUUGUUUUAGCAUUUACAGCUUUAGUUAUGUGGCUUCAAUUGGUAGGACGUUUCAUUCAUAUCAUUCAAACUAUUUUAAAUAUUAUUUGGCCAAUCUUGGCAGUCAUGUUUAUUGUCGUAGUUGCAUUUGGUCACGCUAUGUUCAUUCUUCUAAAUUAUGCGGAUGACUUCCAAAUUCCUACUUAUAAAAUUAAAGAUGCUUCGAAUUCAGACUUAUACUCAAAUAUAACAAUUUAUCAGAAUAUUAAUAAAUUUUCUCGACUUGAUAAUUAUUAUUCACAUUUCGUCUCAUCAGUAGAAGCUGUAUUCUUUUGGACCAAUGGACGAUGGGAUCAAUUAGACCAAUGGAAUAGUUAUGCUGUAGAUGUAAUGAGUGUACUAGGAAGUAUAAUAUUGGUUGAUGCAUUUGAACAAGCAAACAAAAACAGUCGUACAGCAGUUUAUAGAUAUCGUAUUGAACUUAUCGCUGAAUAUGAAGCUUUAGAAAAACCUUUUGGUUGUGAAAGAGGUAAUCCUCGAGACAUUUAUUAUAUCCCUAAUCCUGAUAUGAUUGAUACCUGGAUUACGAAAACUAAAAAGGAUGAUGAGAAACAAAGACGUCUUAUGAGUCCUUCAAGUACUAUGGAUUCUAUUAAACCUAGUACAAUCAAAUAUACUGGAACAAUUAAUAAAAUUUCAUUUAUUGAUGAAGAAAUUUUUUCGUUAAAUAAGAAAUCACAAAGAAAUUCCAAAUCAAACAACAAAUUAUUAAAGAAUGUCAGUAAUGAACCUUCCGAUCCUACAAAUGUUGAUGAUCAAUUAUCAAUGCAAGAAAGAUUUAAUAACCUGGAAAGUGAAGUUAAGACAAGAUUUAAUAACCUGGAAAAUGAAUUUAAGACAAGAUUUGAUGAAUUAGAACAAAAUUUAAAAAUUAUAUUGCAAACUUUAAAUAAUUCCAAAUAG